GGGCUCUUUCCCCCCUCCGGCUGAGAAGGAAGGCUGCGCUCCUGCGAGUGGCUAAACAUCCAGCAGCAUGGAUCCCUUUGGUCUGAAGGGCAACCUUUCAAGAGACAAGAAAUUCUCAGCAUUCCGAAAUACAAAAUUGAUCCCCAUGGAAACCUCUUCAUCCUCUGAUGACAGUUGUGACAGUUUUGGCUCUGAUAAUUUUGCAAACACGAAACUGAAGUUCAAGCCAGAUGUCACAGAAGAUAUGGCUAAAAUUUUUUAUGAGAACUCAGAUGAUGAAUCGUUCUGUGGUUUUUCCGAAAGUGAAAUUCAGGAUGUACUGAAACUGGAGACGGAUUCUGAGGAAAACGAUAGGAGCAUAAAAGAUGGGCUUCCAUGCAAGAAGCUGCAGGGAUGCUCUGCUCCUCUGAAAGUGGCUAUGAAAUUUCCACUUCGAAGGUCCAAGCGAGGAAAGGGUGAAGAUGUUGCAACCAAAACCGAAUUGGACUUGGAUUCGGAUUCUGAUGAGGAAAGAGGCUCCAAAUUCUUGGAGAAAAGAGCUUUAAACAUAAAGGAAAACAAGGCCAUGCUAGCAAAGCUAAUGGCAGAAUUAAAAAAUGUCCCUGGGAUUUUUACCAGGAAAGGUCCACUGGCAACUCCUACUCUAAAACCACAGAGGUCUCCAAGGAAAUCAUUUCCAAGAAGUGCUUUAAGAAGGAAUCCGGAAAGAAGUUCUAGGCCUCACACAAGGUCCAGAUCCUUGAUUGAAGGGCCCCCAAGUCCUAUAUCGGAGAAAGAAGAUGAUGAUCCUUAUGCCUUGGUGAGGAGAAAGAUACCUGAUGACUUCUCAGAGGAUGAAAUGGACACUCCUAGGAGAAGACGUUCUGGCGCUAUGACUCUUCCCCAUAUUAUCCGACCAGUGGAAGAAAUAACUGAGGAAGAGCUGAAUAAUAUCUGUGAGACAGUCAGAGAUAAAGUGUACAACCGUGUGAUGGGUUCCACUUGUCAUCAGUGCCGCCAGAAAACAACAGACACCAAGACCAACUGUCGUAACCCAGACUGUUUGGGGGUGCGUGGCCAGUUCUGCGGGCCUUGCCUUCGCAACCGUUACGGCGAAGAAGUCAGAACUGCUUUGCUGGAUCCGGACUGGUAUUGCCCUCCUUGCCGUGGGAUCUGCAACUGUAGUUUCUGCAGGCAGCGGGAAGGGCGAUGUGCUACAGGUGUGCUGGUAUACCUGGCCAAAUACCAUGGAUACGACAAUGUUCAUGCUUACUUGAAAAGCCUGAAGCAAGAGCUUGAAAUGCAAGAUUGAAGUUCCAGCCCUGUUGUUCGCGUGCACCACUGCUAAGCAUGUUAAUUGUCCGUUUCGUCAAGAUUUUUAAUUCUUGAUAGAUUUUCCUCAAACUGUUGGGGUUUGGGGGCCUUUUUUUUUCCAAUGUGCAACCAGAACAAAUCUGUCAUUUGACUGAAAUUCCCUGUUGAAGAGCUUAUGUUAUGCUGGCGUUUUACAAAUUUAUCUGUUCCCAGUGUUCCCUUUCAGUCCAUUUUUUUAGGAAAGAGAAGUUUAACUAACUGUCAGCAUCUGUCUGUACAGUUAGCACAUUUAGCAGCCUUCCAAGCAAACAAUUCUUUGCUCUUAAGGUCAUUUAAAAUAUUAGUUAGGAGUGUUGUUUCAUUUGCUGAUCUUGGAAAAUGGGUUAAACUCUGAUACUGAGUUUCUUGAAAUAAGGUGUGACAAAAGUGGAUGCUUCUUAAAUUUGAGAGUGGGGUGGUGUCUUAAAUCCAAAACUAUAAAGUGCAGUUUAGCACAUGUUAUUUUUUGCCUCUUUGGAGCCAUGUGUAGAUUUUUUUGGUAAUAUUUUUAAUACAGUAUUUAGAAUGGUAGGUAAUAAAGGAAAGACUGGUUGAAUGAGUCAGUCUUGCUUCAGUAACUUUUCAUAAAGCAACUAAGAGGCCAAAAGACCAUUAUGUACUGAAAGUGUUUUAGGCUUGCCUAUGCUGUGACCAAACAUCAAAGGUCUAUGUACAAGAGCAAGCACCCCUUUCCAUGUUAUGUGUAUAGGAUAAUAUUUAAAAUGGAUUCCUUCUUCUGUAGGCCUUGUAUAUGUAACCCAUCCCUUCCCUGAAAUAUUUUGUCCCCAGGAAUGAGACGCGUGCGAGAGAACCUUGCAGGGUAACAUAGCAUAGUCAGUGGCUAUAUAAGCCAGAAGUUGGCUCUUGCACCUGAGCCUUGCAUUCAGGGACCAUUAGUGGUAGUUAGACUAACAUUGAGCUCCAACAGUAAACCAGACCCAGUUAUAGGAAGGUCCAUAUCCAUUGCCUGCCAGCAACAUCAGGCAAGCAAUAGUGUUCCAGCGUGCAUUAAUUGCAGAAAUGGCCUAAUAGAAUGUUCCACUGGCUUGCCCUUCAAACACCAGUCACUGCAAUCGGUCAUGCCAUUUUUCUUAAGCAAGCUGACAAUUUGAGAUUGCAUUUGCUUAAAAUGCUUUAGAAACGGACCACACAUUACCAUGAAUUCUCGUCUUUGGGGUGUUUGUGAGCAUAUAGAGGGGGGGCCUCUUUCUAAUAGCAGAAGUGUCUUUGUGGUUCUUGAUGCAUGCGACAUCAUUCUAAGGUUCAGCAUAUUGUACUAUAGCACAAGUUCCAUUGUUCAAAUAGUUAGGAAUCUCUCUGGGGGUGGGAUAUGGUUUGCUUUCCAAUUGUAUGUUAUGGGUAAGAUUUCUUGGCUCUUUUGUUUUGCCUCUAAACUAUGUUGGCAUUGGGAUUGAUACAUAAUACUUGGGUGCAUCCUGCUUUUUCCAACAGUUGUAGAUAUUCUUCAGUCCUCCACGAAACGCCUAGCUCAGCAUCCAUUUCAGAAAGAUGGCACUAUGUAUGCUGGGAUCACGCAGCUGCCAAUCAAACAUUUUGCAGGUUUUUUUUUUUUUUUAAGGACCGCAGUAGUACUAAUAUGUUGGAGUAGAUUCUUACAUGCUGUAAAUGAAUCCUAAUGUCUAGAAAGCUCUUAUGUACAAAGUUUAAUUUUGAUAAUUAAAAAAACCCUUUGCC